AUGUACUGGGCUGCUGGCUUCGCCUCUUCCCGGCCGUGCGUGGUGGAUCUCGGGCGGAAUCACAGCCUCCCCCUCGGGCUGUGUGUGUCCGAGCAGCCGCAGUCGUUGUAUGGAUAUAUCAUCGCCUUCCCUUUGCAGGACUACGGCGGCAUCAUGACGGCUCUGGGCUCGGACUCCUGGUGGAAGAAGACCCUUUACAUCACCGGGGGGGCCCUCCUGGCCGCCGCAGCCUACUUACUGCACGAGCUGCUUGCCAUCAGGAAGGAGCAGGAGCUGGACUCUAAAGAUGCCAUCAUCCUUCAUCAGUUCUCCAGACCAAAGAAUGGUGUUCCCAGCCUCUCACCUUUCUGCCUCAAAAUAGAAACCUAUCUGAGAAUGGUGGAUCUGCCCUAUCAGAACUAUUUUGAUGGGAAGCUGUCACCUCAAGGCAAAAUGCCUUGGCUGGAGUACAAUUAUGAGCAGGUCUCAGGGUCAGAGUUCAUCGUAGACUUUUUGGAAGAGAAACUGGGAGUCAACCUCAACCACAACCUCACGCCGGAGGAGAGAGCCGUGUCUCGAGCCAUCACCAAAAUGGUUGAAGAGCAUCUAUACUGGACGAUCGCCUACUGUCAGUGGGUGGACAACUUGGAAGAAACCCAGAAGCUCCUAGCAAUGAGUGGCCCUCUUAGCGACACACUAAAAUGGCUGCUGAGUCGCCUGAAUGGUAGCAUGGUACGUAGGGAAAUGUACGGCCAUGGCAUCGGUCGCUUCUCCGAGGAGGAAGUCUACACGUUGAUGGAGAAGGACAUGAGGACACUCGCCACCUUACUGGGAGACAAAAAAUACUUUAUGGGCUCCAAGAUAUCCACGUUAGAUGCUACAGUGUUUGGACAUCUUGCUCAGGCAAUGUGGACUCUGCCUGGUACGCGACCAGAACAACUCAUUAAAGGGGAACUGAUCAACCUAGCCAUGUUCUGCGAGCGGAUACGCAGGAGGUUCUGGCCCGAAUGGUUCGUGGAGGUGGAGGACCUUUAUUACGACGGAGACAGCGAGAGCAGCGGCGGUACAGUGUCUCCCACGGGUCUGCUGGACUUCUUCUCCAGGACUGACACACUGGACGAGAGCGACGUCAGCAGUCACUCGGCCUCGCACACACACACACCCAACUCUGACCACUCGCUAUUUGACUCGGACGUGGGCACGGGGUCGGAUAAUGAAACCCAGCUCAAGGAGGAAGCGAUGCCCGACCUGGAGGUUUGA